GGAGAGAGCCACUGCCUCUGCUUCCUAUAUCACGAAAAGGUAAAGACUAUCUCCUAUCUCCUACUUUCAUUUGCUCCCUCUCUCCCUCUCUCUCUCUCUCCAUCCACUUUGUCUUUGUCCAUGGCCUCCUCUUCCCUUGCCUGCACCUUAUGCCGCUUCUCUUUCUUCCGACUAACCACCAAGACCUUUUUUACAUAUUCGGUCCCGUUCUCCCUCCCCCCCAAAACUAAGCAUCCGAACCGAUUUCGAUUGUUCUCGAUGGCUUCGGAACCAAAGGAAUCGCCGGCCAAUAAUCCUGGCCUCCACGCAACCCCAGAUGAUGCCACUAAAUCUUACUUCAUGCAACAAACUAUGUUUCGAAUUAAGGAUCCGAAAGUGAGCCUUGACUUCUAUUCUCGCGUCUUGGGCAUGUCGUUGCUUAAGAGAUUGGAUUUCCCAGAAAUGAAGUUUAGCUUAUACUUUCUGGGCUAUGAGGAUUCAGCAUCUGCUCCAGCUAAUUCUGUUGAUAGAACAGUUUGGACCUUCAGUCAGAAAGCUACAAUUGAGCUAACACAUAAUUGGGGUACUGAAAGUAAUCCUGAAUUCAAAGGAUACCACAAUGGCAAUUCAGACCCUCGUGGCUUUGGACAUAUUGGCAUCACUGUUGAUGACACCUACAAGGCAUGUGAAAGAUUUGAACGGCUGGGUGUGGAGUUUGUAAAGAAACCAGAUGGUGGACAAAUGAAGGGUAUAGCAUUUAUUAAGGAUCCUGAUGGCUAUUGGAUUGAGAUCUUUGACCUAAAAACUAUUGGAACCGUUACUGCUGCUGCUGCUUAAAAUAAUGCAUCUGAGACUUCAGUUACUUUUUCUUGUAACUACUUUUGAUUACUUUUUAUUUCCUGUUGGACACCAACCUUAUACGCUGGCAUUCCAAAAUACUGUUUGUGCGUUUUA